CAAAAGUCAUCAUUGACUUUCAAGAGUCACAAUUCUCCACCUAUUCAAUUAGUAGCAGAAGGGGAUGAUAUCUUCAUAGAGUUCAAUGGGAGUAGACAACAGGUUAUUAUUGGGGAUAGUAUUGUUUUUGGUUGUAAGAUAGAGGUGUGGGAUAAUAUGAGGUUGAAACUCAAAGAAGAGAUACAGAUAUUGUUGGAAUUUCUGGAAGUUAAACAAAAAAAAAUCCAAGAGCUUCUACUGCUAAUCAAUAAUGACUCAGGGACUUCCCCUGAUACCUCACCUUCAUCAUCAGGAACAGCUACUUAUACUCUGACAACCACAAGCUCUUACUCCAUAAUCUGCAAUAGUCAAUUGCCCAUUCAAUGGAAGCUGGGUGAGAAGAUGCAGUCAUUGGAGCUGGCACAAUUGGCACAGGCACCAAUAAAAUCAUAUGUUACACCAGUAGUAACUGAUGUUCAGCAAGCAGCAAUUCUCUAUCAGCAUGCAUGGAAUGCACUAAGGUUAAGGUCACAAAACUUGCCAAUGCAAGAUAAGUACAUCAUCACCACUGAUGCCCAUGGGCAAGCUUAUUUGCAGAGAGCAGCAGCUAUUCUCUAG